GUGGAAGACAAAAUUUUGCAUUGACCUGAAAAAUGGCGUCAAGAGAGGCAGUGCGCGCUGCUGUCCGGCAAGUUCGACCAAUUUUGUCUGCUGACAAAGGCGAAGCACGGAAACGAGUCUUGAAUUUGUACAAAGCAUGGUAUCGGCAAAUCCCAUACGUAGUGAUGGACUACGAUAUUCCGAAGUCGGUGGAACAGUGCCGAGAAAAGCUCAGACAGGAAUUUGAGAAACACAGACAUGUCACGGACAUCAGGGUUAUUGAUAUGCUUGUUGUAAAGGGGCAAAUGGAACUGAAAGAGACCGUGGAAAUCUGGAAGCAGAAAGGACAUAUUAUGAACUACUUCAAAGAGACAGAAGAACCAAAGCCAACCGACUUCUUGUCUAAGUUCCUAGCUGGGCACGAGUAAUAGUAGGAGAUUUAAUAAUUACUAUAUCUUCACUGGCUAAAUGAUCAGAGCGUAAAAUGUUAGAAAUUCGGCAUGCCUGGAAUUUUUAACUGUUCUAGAGUGUGUAAAUAUUAAAGGUAAAAUGAUUGUUACAAAA